UUCUCCUCCCACGAGCCAAGAACGUCCGUACGUUUUCACGCAUGCGCGCCAGGAUUUAUGUCAAGGCACAAAAGUGGCGCUCUACCGUCUCCAGCUCUACUCCGGUGGUUGCCUAAGCAAUGGAUGGAGAUUUGGAAGCCAGAGCAGAUGUUGAGGAGGCAUGUACAGUCACAGGGGAGGAGGAGGGUCAAAUGGAAACCACGCCCGAAAUAGAGCCGUCUCCAUCUGCAGAAGAGUCACAGACAGCACCAGACCUGCCCACAGCCUCGGAAGACAAUGAUGACGAUGUGGUAUUGGUAGAAGAGCCUCCUGCUCACUCUCAGGGGAAAGUACAGCCCCCCAUCUCCACACCUGCAGAAACCCUCGAUGCUGCCAAAGACUGUGCGGAGUCGGCUACCACGGCAACAGCUCCCUCCAAAUCUCCCAGUCCUCCCUCCUCUGCAGCUACCAGUGGCACAACUGCAUCCACCACGGCCAAAAGCCAAAGCGAGCCAAUCGUUAUUGACGACGAGGAGGAUUCAGAGCUCAAGGGCACCGCCUCUUCCUCCGUGCCGCCCCCUGAGGUGGAGGAUGCCCUGAGCAGCACAGAGCCUGACUCUGAAAUCCAAAUUGCCAGUGUUACCACGCUGGGUACGGACUCUUCAGCGGUUGCCAUGGAUACGUCAACAGCAUCGCCACUGGCGCUGUGUGCUCAAGAGGAUAUAAACCUCAUGAUCACGAAUGUGACAUCGCUGAAAGACGGGGAUGGUCCAGCGGCGGCCCCUUUGGAGGAACUGGAGGGGGCUGAGAACGGACUGCAGAUAAGCAGUGCAUUCAGCCUGAACCCAGAGGCCCAGCAGAACCAGGGUACAACCGGCAGACCUUCACCCACGUUCAACCCAGGACGCAUUAGUGCCGCGAGCCAGCCUGUGCAGAAUGGAGAAACGGGGACACACCAGAGAUCUGAUUCAUGGAUCUCCCAAUCGGCGUCUUUUCCACGUAAUCAGAAGCAGCCUGGAGUGGACUCACCAUCCCCUGCAGCUCCUCUACCCAAACCUCCCUGCCAGUCCUCAGGAUCCCAGCAGCCACCGCGCACCAUGAAAGUCACAUGCGCCAACUGUAAGAAACCUUUGAAGAAAGGCCAGACUGCGUACCAGCGCAAAGGCUCAUCCCACCUGUUCUGCUCAACAACCUGCCUGUCUGCCUUUUCCCAUAAGCCCGCUCCCAAAAAGAGCUGCACCAUGUGCAAGAAAGACAUAACCAAUAUGAAAGGAGGCACCAUAGUGGCCCAGGUGGACUCCAGUGAAUCAUUUCAGGAGUUCUGUAGCACAGGCUGCCUGGCAGCUUAUGAAAACAAACAAAAUCCUCAGAAGAACCAGAUUAAAACAAAGUGCACCGUCUGUGGAAAACUCACUGAGAUUCGGCAUGAGGUGAGCAUCAAGAAUGUGACUCACAAGAUUUGCAGUGAUGCGUGCUUUAAUCGCUACCGUAUGGCUAACGGGCUAGUCAUGAACUGCUGCGAACAGUGUGGGAACUACCUGCCUAGUCGUGCCACGGCGAACCACGUUUUACUCAUAGACGGCCAGCAGAAACGCUUUUGCUGUCAAAAUUGCAUCAGGGACUAUAAACAGACUCAUGGAAAGAUAGUGCAGUGUAGUGGGUGUAAGGUGAUGUGCAGGUCAUUUGAUGCCACUCAGUGCAUCGGGGCAAAUGGAGCCAUGGAGUCUUACUGCACCACAGCCUGUAUGACCAAGAGCAAAUUCACAGCUGCUGCACAGAAUUCUGAGCCAUCGUGCCACUUCUGUAAGAGAAAUGCAUUACCUCAGUAUCAGGCAACUUUACCUGAAGGAAAGGUUUUGAGCUUUUGCAGUUCACAGUGUGUCACCAAGUUUCAGAAUGCCACAAUCCAAACAUCAACCAAUGGGCAACUUCCUGCUUCAGCUUCUGAAGACAUCCAGCUGAAGUGUAACUAUUGUCGCAGUUCUUUCAGCCUGAAGCCAGAGGUUCUGGAAUGGGAGGAUAAGGUGUAUCAGUUCUGCAGCAAGACCUGUUGUGAGGACUACAAGAAGCUCCACUGCAUCGUGACGUUCUGCGAGUUCUGUCAGGAAGAGAAGACUCUGCAUGAGACUGUGAAGUUCUCGGGGGUGAAGAGACCCUUCUGUAGUGAAGGCUGUAAGUUACUGUUCAAGCAGGAUUUCAUCAGGCGUCUGGGUCUGAAGUGUGUGACUUGCAACCACUGUACACAGAUGUGCAAGAAAUCUGUCACUAAACAGAUAGACGGAGUCAGCCGGGACUUCUGCAGCGAGACCUGUGCUAAGAAGUUUCACGACUGGUACUACAAGGCGGCGCGCUGUGACUGCUGUAAGGUACAGGGGAACCUGACGGAGUCUGUACAGUGGCGUGCAGAGUUAAAGCAGUUCUGUGACCAGCAGUGUCUCCUGCGCUUCUACUGCCAACAGAACGAGCCCAACAUGGCUACACAGAAAGGCCCAGAAAACACUGCUUUAGGGUUUGGAGGACCAACCCAAACAUCCAAAAUGGGCCCUGUAUCGUACGCUGGCGGAGGGAUCCUGAAGGAUGUGAAGAAUAAAGCUGUGCUCUGUAAGCCCCUCACCAUGACCAAGGCCACAUACUGUAAACCUCACAUGCAGAGCAAACCACUGCAGACAGAUGAGGCAGAUCUGGAGAGCUCAGGAAAGGAGUACAUUCCUAUUCCGAUCCCUGUUCCUGUUUACGUCCCAGUACCCAUGAACCUCUAUUCUCAGGCCACGCCCACUUCUUUUGCAAUACCUGUACCGGUGCCUGUGCCAGUGUUUCUACCAACCACGCUGCAGAACGCUGAGCAGAUUGUGAAGACCAUCAGAGAGCUCAAAGCCAAAGUUCCUUCUGAUCCUCUAGAAGCCGAUCUAAUAGCGAUGGCAGAAGUGAUUGCACAAGAAGACGAGAAACCUAAAUGCUCAAACAUCAAAUGUGAAAAGGGCAGCAGUGAAGAGAAGAUGGAAAUUGUAAAACAGGAAAACGGUAGCGGGAGCUCAGAAGAGGAGGAGGAAGACAAGUAUGAACCAGAUUUGGACCUGGAGAAGGACCUACCCCUUGCAUCAGAGCCCGUUUUAGUUGAGCGUCUGGAUACAGAAACACUCUUCUCAUUGCCUCCAGUCCUGGCUGAGGAAAAAGAAAAGACACCUCGAACCAGAACAAGGAGAAGGGGCCAGAAGAGGCGGGCAGUAGAGGAAGAGUCUUCAUCCUCGUUGUCUUCUUCUCCAGCAGCAGAGUCCUCAGCAGUUGACAGCUCUUUCCCCUUAAGCUCCAGAUAUGGCUUAAACGCAUGGAGAAGAUGGGCCACAACUGAAGACUCACCGUCCAAAGGAAAGGAGAGCCAGAAACAAGCAGUUAGUUUAAAAAGCAGUCUCCUGUCCCUGAGCCAAGAAGAGUUGAAUCAGUCUUUAUCCCGGUUUGUCAAAGAAGUACGUCGUCCCAAUGGUGAACACUACAGUCCAGACAGCCUCCUUUACCUCUGUCUGGGUAUCCAGAAGCAUUUGCAGGACAAAGGAAGGACAGAUGACCUCUUUAAUGACUCACAGUAUGAAAUGUUUGGGGAGGAACUGAACAAGCUCCUCAAAGACUGGCAACCCAGUGUUCUUCCGGAUGGUUCUCGGUGGAGUCGUGUUGAAGAGCAAUAUCUGUGGAGCAGCGGACAGCUUGGAGAACAGGCGCCUUCUGUCCUGCUGAGAUCUGUAUUCUAUCUCAACACCAAAUACUUUGGUCUUCGCACCCCAGAACAGCACUUACGCCUCUCAUUUGCAAACGUCUAUGGCCCAAGCAGCUCGAAACCGCACAGCCAUGAGACCACCGUCUGUAUACGCAUCCCCUCCAUCUCACAGGAGCAGCAUGAGCAAUCAGGAAGUAAGAGAAGACGUAAAGAUUACUGUGACUCAAAUUUUGAUUCAGACAGCGGUUCAGGGGGAUCCGCACACUGUCCUGUUAAGAAGCAUGAGUGCCGACUGUAUGAGCUUUACCUUUCGAAGUGCCCAGAGUCUGUGAGACAGAGGACAGAUUUUUUUUACAUGAAGCCAGAGGUGUCUGCGUCGUCGGAUAGUCCGCUGUGGUUCAGCUCGACGCCUCUGGAGAAGAGUGUGCUGAGCAGGCUCCUGACUCGAGCGCUGCUGGUCAGAGAGGUCUAUAAAGACAACCAGCCUGAAGAGGACGCAGCCUAGAGGCCGAUGCACUGAAGACUUCUAACUAUGCUAUCAUGACACCCUGUGCAUCACCAAACCAGCUGCUUUCCACACCACACCCUGUCACGCUCCCUUUAAACACACUGAUCCCAGUACAGUUAUGACAUGAGUCCAGUCAGGAUGGACAUCGAUGGGAUUAUGCUGAUUCUGGUCAGUCUUCCCAAAGACCUUGAUUCAGACGAGUAGAUUUUUUUUCCCCCACCAUGAACGUGACUUACAGUAUGCUGCUUUCUUCUUUAUUUUCCCCCCCUCUCUUCCCUAUUUGUUGGAAACUUUUGUUGAUGUAGCAUUUCUUCUUGUCAGAGUCUAGUCUGUUAGCAGACGAAACACACAGGAACUUUAGGCUGUAAUGGAGGUGAUGAGGAUGUAUUCGUUUCUUCCUGCCCAACAAAGCCUUCUAAAGAUAAAAUUUUAUUUAUUACUGCUGAUCGACGUGUUAAAGACGAGAGUCUGAGAUUUUGAGAUGACAGGGCAGGGUGUGUGUUGGACACUGCCAUGUGUGCAAUUUCUCUGGCCUUCCAUAAGAGCAUUAAAACCUGCUGCAGCCCCGGACCUCUUAUUUGUGCGAGCGGUGUGUCUGUAAAUGUGAGUGCAUCUUUUUUCCCUCUCCUUUCUUGUUGUUUUGGAGUGAAUUGGACAGGAGGUGGUCCUGCGCAGUCAAUACAUUAUUGGCAUUGAACCUUUAAGUGUGAAACUAUUCCUCUGAACAAUCAAGUAUAUGAAAUUUGACUCUGAACUUCAUUUGCAGCGUUAUGCUGAUUGCAGAUAAGCGGAGAUGCAUUGUCAAUGUUUAAACAUUGUCAUAGGAUUUGCUCUGUAGCCUUCCUGGAGCUGAGAGUCAUUUGAAGGAUGUGCGUGAGCACAACGAUCAUUAAAUGUUACGUUUAAAACACUUAGCUUAUGCAAGAGUGAAAGUGAUUUAUUUAUAAAGUGAAAGUCAGCCGGGUUUUUCUUGUCAUGGUUUUUAUGGUUAUUUUCCUUGACCCUUUUCUACCAAUAAAUUACAAUCUUAUUUGUUGUCUCAUAAUG